GGAGCCGAAUGCGGUGAUCCGGCAGGCGAGCGAGCGAAGGGAGGAGGAGCGGGAUGACUUCAUGCAGCCGGAGCGCUGCGAAUUUGGGAUCAGCAGCUGCAGCUGGAUGCUGGCGGCCGGUGGGGUGAAUGACAGCGGGAGAGACAUCCGGACGUCUGCCCAGCGCAGCCCCCGCGCCGUCCUAAAACUGCCGCCGCCCGGGCUUGCUGGGGCGGAGGGUUGCUGAAAAGCAGAGGAGGCAUCCGCCAGGAGGAAGAUGCGUUGAAUCGGCCGUCGGGAAGGUAUUGCUAUGUGGAUACUUGUUAGCAAUGACUGAUGUGGAAUCUACAUAUGCAGAUUUUAUUGCUUCUGGAAGAACUGGGAGAAGAAAUGCCCUUCACGAUAUCCUUGUGUCCUCUGCGAGUGGGAAUUCUAGUGAACUAGCCUUGAAAUUAUCAGAACUUGAUAUAAACAAACCUGAAGGGGAAGGAGAUGCACAGAGGAAUCCCACUGAGCAAACUGGGGAGGCCCAGGGGGAAGCAGCAAAGCAAGAAAGCUGACAUCUCACUUUGACUGACAGCAGCAACUGGGAGAUGCUUUCCAAUGGCAAGAGCCUGUUGGGGAAAACUCGUAUCUUGCAAAUGCACUAACAAACAACAGCAAAAUGGACGGGUCUCGUUACUGGAACCUGCAAAGUGCAGUGCUAAAAAUGGGAGAGCAGGUUGUAGCAGCAGACAGAACUUCCUCUACCUCCGUUAGUAAUGGCUGAUACUUAGUUGCUGAUUUCGAGACUUUCAGCGGAUGGAUCUCAUCAGAAGAAUGACCACUCAGUGAAAUGCCCAUAGGAAGUAGAGCAAACUAGAUCUUGUAGCAAAUGGCCUUCAACUUAUCAGAGGCUUGAAUGGCAUUGUAUGACAAUGGCUUCAGUGAUCUUCAGAGGUUGUCUGGUUAGAGUGUUCACCUAUUAAAACACCUGUAAGGGAAGCAUUGGGUUUAAAAAAAAACAACAACCUCUGCUUCUGUGUUCAGCUCUGUUACUUACAAUGUUUUAUAUUGUACAAUUUAGAUGCUCCACACUGCCCCAUCUCAAAAUGCUUACGAAGGCAACUUCUGUGACUGUGAAUUUUUUUACCACUUGUUUUGAAAGGGCUAGGAGUUUAUUUUUGUUCUUGCAUAGAGUGGUGGUGUGUACACGAUAGAUUAUAAAGUCGACUUCUACAUGGAUUAAACUCCUUAAACUAAUUAUUCAUCAGAAUUCUUUCAGUUACAAGAUGUACAUCAAACAUAACUAACAUACAGUCUGGUGUGUCUUGUAUUUUCCGAGUACAGUUAGGUCACUUUUGCCUGUAGUCAGUUCGGAAACCAAGAUUCUUUUUGAAUCUUUUCAUCUUUUCUUUAAUAUCCUUUAAGGAUUUUUUUUUUCAUUUUUUUUAAAAAUUCAUUUUAUUAAUGCUGUAGUUUUAAGAGUACAUCUUGAAGGGAGAAAUGUAUUGGGAGAGAGAGAUGAAUAGAGUAGAAAACUAAGGAACUGGUAAAUACCUGAAGGUGAAGCAUAUAUUUACGACGAUGUUUAGAAUUGGGAUAUUCUUACUGAACAAUAGCUGAGAUUGUAGAGAGAAAUGGAUAUUCCUGUGGCAAUCAAGUGGACACCAAUCACAGAGCUGUGCCCCCCGCACAAGCCCUAAUGUUUUCUUUAUUAAGGAAAGCGAUGUCCUUUUUUUUUCUUUCAAAUGUUAUGCACUUUUUAAAUGUUUGUAAACUUUACUAAAGGAUUAGUGUAAUUUUGCUUUCUAGUAAAUUUGAAUGUUGGUUAAUGAAACAUCCUUUAUCAUUGUGGCCACAGCUGUUGUUUCUACAAAUAUAUGUAUUGUGGUUGUCACAUAGACUUCUUUUGUGAGAUGUGUAAACUCUAAUCAGUAUUGAGUUCAGUUAUUAGUGUUAAUAAUAAAUAACAAACCAGCAGUA